CUAAAUCCAAAAAAAUAAAUCCAAGACUUUUAUUUAUUCAUUCAAUAAUUAAUCUCUAAUGUUAUCGAACCAGUUAUACGAAAUGGCACAUCCAAGGAUCUCCAUUUCAACUAUUUUCUUAUUGCUUUGUAUUGUAGGUUUUGUCUCGCAGUCUUGUCAAGCUAGAAAGGUUUUAACGCCUUACGACGCAAGCAAGGGAUUGUUUCUUAGUGUUUUACCAAAGGGCAAUGUGCCACCUUCGGGUCCAAGCGACAAGGGUCACACUUCUCCGCCUAAGGAUUAUUCCGGUCAGCAUAUGGUGCAGGGACACUCGCCGGAGAUUUACCGUCAACUAGGAUCGGUCCCUAGCCCCGGCGUUGGUAAUUAG